AUGGCCGUUCGUUUUGUGACCAUCUGGCUCUUCAUCGUCGUCACCGUCAUCGUCUUGACCUUGCCGUCGCCGGUCUCUUCAAGAAAGCUCUUGGAUAUGAAGAAACAAGAGAACAUGACGGUGAGAGAGGAAGAGAAGAGUCGCAUGCCUCACGUGACCAAAACCACGACCCUAGCUGCUCUGCCAAAGGGAAAAAUCCCCAACUCGACGCCGAGCAAAAAGGGUCACGCCGCCGUCUCCGCUGUAAAGCUCCGAUCUCGACAACUUUCCACCGUUGAUCGGUUUCUUCGAUCCGUUCCCAGUCCCGGCGUUGGCCAUAGAUAG